ACUGGCAACGCGUCCGGGUCGACAAGUUGCAAACGCGUGAAUUACAUUUUAUGCUUAUUUCCUGUUACCAGUCAUAUUAAAUUUCUCAUUUAUAUUACCAUUUUGGGCUAACACAAUAGUCAGUAUCUUAUGAGUGUAAUUUUUAUUAAAUAUGUCUUUACCGAAUUGCUCGCUGAAGGUAAACAGAGAGUUACUCGAUCCCAGCUUUGAAAGUUACAGGCUCUCCCUGGACUCUAUUCCAGUUUACAAUGUAGAACUGGAUGCAGCUGUGGCUGAGGUUAAGCUUAAAGACAACCAGUACACUUUGGACCAUAUGAGAGCAAUUGGAAUGCACAACUACCUUCAGAUUGACCCCUGGUAUGAAGACAGUGUGUACUUCGUGGACAACAAGGGGCGGGUUUUGAACUUCACAGUCACACUGGACACAGCUUUAGGCAAACCUCGGGAGGUGUUUCAUCUCGAAUCGGCCCCAGGCUCGUGUGAGGGGGAGCAGGUGUGUGCCUCUCUGAGUCUGACCUCUGCAACGUGGGCUGCGGUGUCAGAUGGCACCGGGACGCUGACUCUUUCGCGUACCAGCAAUAGAGGAGAGAGUUCCCAUCUUAAAUGGGAGCCGAUGUUCAGCGAGCGUCUAGGAGAGCCGUUCCUCAUUGUUCACAGCCUGACUCACGUGCACGCUCACGUUCACACUGUUGAAGUGCUGCUGCUGAGAAUCCAGAAAGAUCCGUCUGAUACCAAAGGCAGCGGCUUUUCAGUCUCGCUGGAGUGGAUCACAGUGGACAACUCUGUUGGAGAGGGUGAGGAGAAAAAAUAUGAAGUGAGGAAGAAGAGGAUGAUGAAGGGUAAAUGUGUUCCGCACUACGCUGCAGUGGAGCCUCGGGGUAAAGGAGUGAUCUUAGCCUCAGAGAAACCCUUCACUUUCACCGAGGUUGAUGGAGUUCCUCUUGACGAACCUCACGUCGAAGAUAUGGAGGUGGAGAAGUCGGACCCCAUCUACUUCUGGCAGCAAACAGAGGAAGACGUGACCGCAUGUGUGCGUUUGCCUGAAGGCACCACCAAAGAUGACAUCCGCUUCAAACUCACUGUGGACUGCCUGCGGGUCGGAGUGGGGGGCUACGCACCCCUGCUGGACGGGCAGCUGUUCGCACCUGUAGAUCCAGAGGCCAGCACCUGGACCAUUAAAGAUGAUAAGAGUUUAGAAGUGAAUCUCCAAAAGCGAAGCGAGGGUCCGCUCUGGUCCGAAUUUGUUCUGGGCGACCGCAAAGGAGAGUAUUUAUUUAGUGAUGAACAAAAAUCACAGCUUCAGCAGAGACUUUCAUAUCUCACUGCUGAAGGCCUGAAUCCAAACCCAGAGAAGGACAAACCCCCCUGCAACGCUCAGGAACUGGAGGACUGUGACAUGUUUCCAGAGGACAGCUCAACGCUCAUGCGCUUUGAUGGGGACACUUUGAAGCCCACACAUGUGGUGAGCCUUGGAAGCCACCUGUUUCUUUUCUCAGUGAACAUUGAUCCAUCUGAGAUGCCGGCUUUCUGCCUACGGCACGAUGUCGAUGCUCUGCUGUGGCAGCCGCGGCCAGACCAGGACAAUGAUAUAUGGGAGCACAUCGCUACCUUUAAUGCACUCGGCUAUGUUCAAGCUUCAAAACGUGAUAAAAAGUUCUCGACCUGCUCACCCAACUUCUCAUACGCUGCUCUGGGCGAGUGCCUCAGACGUGUCUUCAUUUACCGCCAACCCUCGCCGGUCGACACUGUACUCUUCAACCGGAAACAGGGCCGACAGAUCGGACAGGUUGCCAAGCAACAGGUAGCCAAUCUGGAUACCAAUAACCCUGUGCUGGGUUUCAGGGCCAGUAAUGAAAGACUGUUCAUCCUCACUGCCCGCAAUAUGUUUGUUCUGAAAGUGAACAAUUGAUCAUUCCAAUAUUCCUGAAGGAUAUUUCGACCUUUUACUCCAGGUUGUUCAGUUUGCAGCUUCUGUAUGUACGGCAUGGAUUUCAUUGGUGCAAAUUCAGCCUGCUCGGAACUGAAACGUGACCGUCACACUUCAGGACCUAGUUAUUGGUCUAUGUUUGUUUGUUAGUAGUCAUCUUUACAUGUAAAAAGUUUGAAUUAAAAUGUAUGCCCAAGCCUCCCCCCAAAGUUAGAUCACAUUUCAGAAACCAAAUUGUCAUUAAACUGUAUAACAGAUAUAUGCUGAAAUAAAUAAGCAUCUAU